AUGGAGACCCCGCUCAUAUCCUCCAUCAGCACACAAAGACAGAAGAAGGAGAAGAGACUAAAACAAGCAGCCGAGCAACAUCAGGAACAUCCUCUCCAAAAAGACAAGCGUAAAAGAGAGGAAGAGGAAGAGGAAGAGGAGAUGCCUCUGCCGACUGUCAGACAACUUUUUCUUUUAUGUUUAUUCUGGUUUCUUGGAUCUUGGAGCACAACAGAUGCCAGUGUUUUCGAUCAGUGGGAAGACGGGAUAGAGUUAAGAAAGGUGCGAGACAUCCAGAGCGAUGACUUGAGUGAUGUUUUAUGGGGAGAUCAGGAUGAGGAGCAAGACCAGAAAGUGUUUAAAAGAUUCCUGUUUCAUUACUCUAAAGCACGCAACUCUAUCGGAGCUAUGCAGCAACCUGUGCUCUCCAGAGGAGACAGCAAGCAAAUGUCUCACUCAGUUCAUCCUCUGAUGAGGCUUUUCCCCAAACUCUCCCAGAGGAGGAAGAAGAACAUGGUGCUUUUGAUUCGAGAUCUGCCGGAGGAUAUGUUGUAGAAGAAUAAUCUACAAACAGGAAUGCAGACUAAAUCUGAAUCUACGGACGGAGCAACGUGCUGCAUGUGUGACAGAGAAAUUACUUUUUGAUAACAGAAAAUAAAUGAUUGUACAGCUGGAAAACAUA